AGUUCGCCAGUGUCAUUAUCGUUUCUCGAGUAGCCGAUUCCCAAGAUUGUUCAUUGACGGCCGCGCUCCGCCUCCGCGCAUUCGAUCCCCGCCGUGAUAGAAGGGGAAAGCAAUUUCACGCGUUAUCGAUCCGCCGGAAGCUUCAAGGGUGCGCCCCGAUAUCAAUGGAACGAAAGGGAAAGCGCGACGUAGAUUCUCUCCGUGCGUACUGCUCAUCGGUCAAGUGCGCGUUAAAACCCGAUACGUUGAAUUUCUGUCGGACGUUACCGACGCGACGGGCGGACGCGUUAAAAGUAGAAAAACGCGCGGACGAACGAAACAUGAGACAGCACGCUAUUCUUGGAAUCGGCAACGAAGGGAACGACAAUGUCGCACUCGGUAACCAUCAGGACGCAAACCGUGUCGAGCAGCUCCACGGCGUUUAUCAUCAACAGCGGCUACAUGAAAACAUGGAGCGGCGCAGUAAAAUUGUUGCAGUUGGUCCUAGGCAUCGUGUGCGUGUCGAUAAUUGGCCAUCAGUUCACCAUGUACCAGUAUUUCGUUACUGCUGACUUAUUUUUCCUCCUAAUAACGACAGCGUUCCUAAUCGGUACAGGCAUCUUGCUGAUAAGCUGUUUAACAUCCCAUUCCACGGCCACCAUUAUCGCGAAAACCAUCUAUGAACUGAUAUACCAUUCUAUAGCGUUCGGACUGUACCUGUCUGCAUCGUUGACGUUCCUGGUGAACGUUACCAAUAGGAACUCCAGGGGAAACGAGGUUUUAAUGGCCGGAGCGAUCUGCGGUUUGGUGAACUCGGCGCUAUACUUCCUCAGCACGAUCAUCGCCGUGCGCUUGUACAAAGGACACUGAUGAUGCGCAGCGUUCGCUUUCAUCGGACGACUUCGGAUCUCCGCGUCAUUUCGAACCGUAUUUUCGAGCUAUUUCUCGUCGAAACUUCGUCCACCUUCGACAGAACUCUUCGUACUGUUUUAUAUGUACAUACUUGAAAACUUCGUUCCGAUCCCAGGCGAAUCUCCGAACUUUCUAAAACCGUGUUACGUCAACGCAGGAUAUUCGCCGUGUACUGAAAGCCACGAAACAAAUGUACAAAAGUUGUAACCAUAUUCAUCCACGAUCGAAUGAUAGAUACGCGCAGACUUUUCACCGCGUGUCCGAAUAAUCCGCGCAAAAGGCCUUAUCGACGGGCGUUUGGUACUUCUAUACAUACUCUUUUCUAUUUAUAUACAUUGUAUACAAACGUACGUGUAAUGUGCGUAUAUAUAUAUAUACACACGAUACGCACAGCUGACGUUCGUGAUGAACUGUUUACCGAAAUAAACUUUACCAGUGAAAGUUCCAACGAAAAUCCCGCUUGCAUUCGACGCGUCGCGACAAAGCAACGACCUAAUUAACAGUCCGCGAAAUUGGCUCGUUACGUCGAUAAAAAUGCGGCUUUCUUUCCCGCACUGUGGCCAUCGACAGGACGCGGACUCGCACGUAACCGCGUAUGCGGGACGGGUUUCAAUAAAGCUCCACAAGAACAGAGAGAGAAGGAGGACAGGAUACUGCGGUUGGCGCGCAACGUAAGCAAUGAAAUUAUGUAGCCGAAUAGGAACGAACGCGCGCGUCACACGAGCAUGUAGGAAAUUAACGACUUUUCAUCGCGACCGAGCAAAUCGUCACCCGAUCGGGAUCGUUGAACAGCCCUCCGCCGUCGGCGUCCUUACUACAUCGCUAAGAAGCGAAUGCGAUUCGAUCGAGAGAAUUGAGGAAAUUAAUGUUUCGCGUUCUGAAACUAUUAUGCUACAUAUUCAGAAGCUAUAUAAAGUGCUUUCUGACAUAGAACAAGUCCUUUAACACUAGACCUACCAUACCAGUCAGAAUGACUGGUUUUGAUCUUGUUUCGUAAUUAUUAACAUCUUAAAAGCAUUCAAU